UCCAGUUCUUUUUCAGGUCCGUGCUUUGGACGUCGAGGUGAGAGACGAGGAUAACAAGACGUGUCUCUAUGCAAAGAUGAUGGUGAACAUCUCCAUAAAAUAUGAAACUGAAGUGAAUACAUACAAAACUGUGGCCUUCAUGCUCCCCACGGCGUUGCGGUACGACGGAAGCACUUGCGGCAACGAGUCGUCGGGCCCGAUCUUGGCCGUGGAGUUUGGGGAAGAGCACUCGUGGGUCAUCAGCUUCGCCGAGAAGGCCGACGCCUACCAAGGGAUGAUUUACUUUACCUACAACACCAACGACACGGAGUUGUUUCCGGACGCGAAACGAAUAGGGCUUAUUACCGUCUCCGCAAACUACCCCCAGCAGCCUAUUAAGCUGAACACAGUCUACAGCUGUCGUAGCAUGGAGGCCAUUCAAUCUGACAACGUUGUGCAAGAGAUCUGGGAUGUCACUCUGCAGGCGUUCCUUGACGAAGGCUCUCAAAGUAACAUCGAGACUGUGUGUGACCAAGAUAUCGUGGUCACCACCGCAUCAUCGGUGGCCAUGAGCCCCCGAGUGUACGCAGCCACAAAUACCACCAAAGAGACUCCCACCACUCCGGAGCCUCCCUUGCCUCCUUUGCCCACUUUGGUGCCGGUGGAACAACCAGCCACAGGGAGCUACUCUCUCCACAACAACAGCGGUGCCUGCCUUUUGGCCACCAUGGGCCUGCAGCUGAACAUCUCACAAAAGGUUCCUCUGAUCAUUAACUUCAACCCGAACACCACCGUCGCUAGCGGUAGCUGCGGUGACCAAAUGUCCGUACUCACGCUGACUGACGGCAGAAGCAGAGUUGAUUUCGUCUUUACCGUGAAAAACACAACCAUAGAAAGAUUUUACCUGACAGAAGUGAACAUCACUGUGAUCGAAUCUAGGAAUGUGACGCUUAAUGCCGCAAACCGAACUCUCGAGGCCUGGGACGCGUCUGUCGGCCGCUCCUACAUGUGCCGGAAGGAGGAAACGCUCACCGUGACGCCCGGGUAUAAAAUGAACAUCUUUGACUUGAAGGUUCAGCCGUUCGAUGUCAAAGACAGCCAGUAUGCCACAGCGCAAGAGUGUUUGCUGGACGACGACACCAUUCUAAUCCCCAUUGUAGUUGGCGCCGCUCUGGCGGGCUUGAUUGUCAUGAUAGUGAUUGCUUACAUAAUUGGGCGAAGGAAAAGCUAUUCCGGAUAUCAGACCUUGUAAGACCUAAUGACUGUGGUUCGUCGGCCUCGGUUGGGAUAACGCCGCGUCUUGAGACGGAAACGAGACACCUAACGUCCAACGCCCUCGCCUUAAAAAGGUGGAGGUGUGCCCCAGAUUUGUUUAAAAAGCCAUGACCGAGAACAUACCUCUUCUGAUCCAAAUAUGGACUGGUUAACAUUCACUGGAACAGACUGGAGUGUGCGGCAAAACUAGCUUUAAGCAUUUGUGUAUGUAAAGUUAACCCGUAUCUGUAAGUAGGCCACAGUCGGGAAAGGGAAUUACUCUCUAUUGGACUCACUUAGUAUAUUACAGAGGAUCUGGUGGUUGCUCCUGUUACCUUGGUCAUUUGGAUGAGUGUAGCUUGGAAUUAAUAGUACAUUUGCUAAGACUCGUCCGGCUCAGGGCACUGAACAAUAAUAUCUCCACGUCACAAUAUCUUACCUGACUUAUUCAGGGCAAGAAGGUGCAAGCACUUGUUUACUGUUUCCAUUGCAAUUGUAACUUGCUUGUCAACUUCAAUGGCGCCCCGUUACGGGGCCGAGAAGGUUGGCCGCGGGCAACAGAAAGAGAAGAACUUCCAAUUCGGUUUCCUUGCCCUUUUACCAAGGAAAUAAUAAUAAGAGCUUACUACUUCUUUUAAGUGUCCUUAGUUUGUACAGUAAAGUCUGGAUUUGUUAUGAAAGGCUUUUUUAGGUGUAACUGCUCCCACUGAUGCUCCCGUUUUUUGCUUCCUUGUGUGCUUAAGAAUGUAGUCGAAAGAAGUUUACAGAUCCUUGGAAAUACAGCCAUGCGUAUUGUUGGUUCAUUAAUGCCACUUCUUGAAUGGUACAGAACAAUAGAAAGGAACAAAGAGAGUGUCUAAAGCAGGCAUGUGCCAUCUUGGGCCCUCUGGGUGUUUUGGGUUUCAUCUGCCACAAUUCCUAACGGCCUCAGUCUCUUUCCUUUCCCUCCUCAGUAGCCUCAGUCCUUUUUCUUUUCCGCCUCAGUCCUUUACCUUUCCUCCCUCAGCAGCCUCAGUCCUUUUCCUUUUUCCCCCUCAGCAGCUGCAGUCCUUUUCCUUUCGUCCCUCAGCAGCCUCAGUCCUUUUCUUUUCUCCCCUCAGCAGCCUCAGUCCUUUUCCUUUCCUCCCUCAGCAACCUCAGUCCUUUUCCUUUCCUCCCUCAGCAGCCUCAGUCCUUUUCCUUUCACCCUUCAGCAACCUCAGUUCUUUUCCUUUCGUCCCACAGCAGCCUCAGUCCUUUUCCUUUCCUCCCUCAGCAGCCUCAGUCCUUUUCCUUUCCCCCUUCAGCAACGUCAGUCCUUUUCCUUUCGUCCCACAGCAGCCUCAGUUCUUUUCCUUUCCUCCCUCAGCAGCCUCAGUCCUUUUCUUUUCUCCUCUCAGCAGCCUCAGUCCCUUUCUUUUUCCCCUUCUUCAGCCUCAGUCCUUUUCCUUUCCCCCCUCUUCAGCCUCAGUCCUUUUCUUUCCCCCCUCUUCAGCCUCAGUCCUUUUCCUUUCCCCCCUCUUCAGCCUCAGUCCUUUUCCUUUCCCCCCUCUUCAGCCUCAGUCCUUUUCUCCCCCCCCCAUCAGCCUCAGUCCCUUUCCUUUUCCCCUCAGCAACCUCAGUC